AGCGGGGAGAAUUCCUUCGGCGGCGAUGCGCCGUAUCGAAUAGCAGAUGAGGAUAACGAUCUUGGCUCUAUGUACGGGUCCCAAUCCCAAUGGAAGCUCGAAGGCUGGACGAACGCGAAGGAUAACUCUCAGCCCUAUAUCAACGCCUACAUAGGCGAUUCACAGCCCCUCCGUGUUGGUUGCCUCAACUUAGGUGAGCUUGGUCGCCAAGCGCUGAAUCUAAAUGGCCAUAACGGCCACCGAUACAUCCCUAUCACCGUCUUUACGAUGUCGGAUGUCCAAGUCUGCAUCCUUCAGUUCUGGCACGGAAAACAGCUCCGUUCGUCACCGAUCAUGGACUUUAAGGAUGGGGUGCAAAAUAACUUGGACGACUGGGUUACCAUCCUAUGCUGGAUGGCAGGAAAGCCAGUUGGAAAUACAAAAAAUAGAACUGAGAUUGUUCAAUUCAUUGAGCAGGAUGUCUAG